CUAAGUUAUUUUGAAAUAAUACUGGUUAUUUCAAAGUAAUGUUGCUGUGCACACGUACCCUUAGAGAAAAAGAUGUCAUCAAGAAAAGUAGCAUAAAUUGCUUCUCUUGAUAAGAAAAACAACAUGCUGAAUACCCACAGGAAACAUCGUAGACGGGAAAAAAUGAAAAAUAUAUAAAGCCACUGCCGUCUUUAGACUUCCUUUGAAAUGCAGGCUACAAUACUCUCCGCCACCAUAUACCAUCUUCUACUCUCAGGAAAAAAAAAACAAAAAAGCUUUCUUCCCCGAGAGGCUACUGAAACAUCAUCUGCUCAGUGUUAUGGGCCUGGAACAGUAGACUUUAAAAAGAAGACGACAUGGAGGAUCUGGAUUGUUAUUACCCCGAGCUUAACCUCACGUGCAACGAUUAUAGUGAGAGUGAUGAUUUUCUCAGGGCCAGCAAAAUUUUUCUGCCCUGUAUGUAUGCAUUAGCUUUUGUCUUUGGGCUGAUAGGAAAUGCUUUGGUCAUUAUCAUAUACAUUUUCUGUGAAAAACUGAAGACACUGACAGAUGUAUUUUUAGUGAGCUUGGCUACAGCUGACUUGCUUUUUCUUUCUACCUUGCCAUUCUGGGCAUAUUCUGCUGCUCACGAGUGGAUUUUUGGCUCUGUGACGUGUAAAAUUAUACGGGGCCUGUACACUUUGAAUCUGUAUACAUCAAUGCUAACCCUCACUUGUAUAACUAUUGAGAGGUUUAUCGCUAUUGUCCAAGCCACCAAAGCCCAUGUGAAUCAAGCCAAAAGAAUGGUGUGGGGGAAAGUUAUCUGCAUUUUAGUUUGGGUGAUGUCAGUAGUAUUUGCAAUACCACAAUUUAUAUAUAGUACACAAUCCACAUAUGAUAAGUCAAUUUGUCAUGCAACGUACCCAUCCCGUCUCGUAGAAUUGGUUCUUAAAGUACUUCAAAUGACUCUUGGAUUCCUUAUCCCUCUGCUAACAAUGAUUAUCUGCUACUCGAUCAUUAUCAAAACUUUACUACAUGCCAGGAGUUUCCAAAAGCACAAAUCCUUAAAAAUAAUAUUUUCUGUAGUAGUGGUGUUCAUUCUUACCCAGUUACCCUAUAACUUCCUGAUACUCUUACGCAAUAUAUACUUAGAAUUCUACCUGGACUACAAUUAUGAUGCUGCGGUAGUCAUAACAGAAGCAAUUGCUUAUCUCCAUGGCUGUCUCAACCCUAUUCUGUAUUUCUUUAUUGGGGCCAAGUUCAGAAAGAACGUUCAGAAAAUCAUGAAGAACAUCAGACAUGUUAAGCACCAAGGCUUCAUGAAGCAAUGGCAAACCACUGAAGAGGAAGGCUCAAAAACUUGCACUGCUUCCCAGAAUGCAGAAGCAACAAGCAUGUAUCCAUUAUAAAAACCGCAUAGAGGGCUCUCGGUUAACUAUUUGCAGCUUUGUUACUGGCAUGAAAGUGAAGGGCUUGUGUAACAGCCACAUGAGACUAGUGUAGUACAAGCAGAUUCCAGGCAAGCUUCCCAACACACCCAGUGCAUCUCACGCCUGACAUUGUAGCACUCCUGCGAUUCCUGAUCAAAAACUGGUAACUGGGUGUAACUCUGCAGUAGUUUUAUCAUAGGCACAGAUAAAGAUUUGAGGAGGAGCUCAUCAAACUCUUUCAUGGGUGAUCUAAGACUGGGUUUGAACUCAGGGUUAUAGCGAAGGAAAGUUCUAGCCAAGUCACUCUCCCAGAAGGGCUGGCUAUAAGCAGCAAAGAUAUUUAAGAGCUUUGUUUUAAAGAUGCUAACAGAACAGCUGUGAUUUGUUGUGACUUAACCUAGCUUUUUAUAUUAAAAUGUAAUUUGUUUAAAUGCUCAUACUCAAUCUUCCCAUUGUGAUUUCACUUGAUUUUUUUUGGUCUGAGUUUUCCCUUUUCUUUAUCCCUCUGAAUUCCUGUCUGCCUUCAGAGGCAGAGUGAUAUUUCUGUGGUCACAGCAGAAUAUUAACCAGUCUUCAAACAAAUACCAACUCUCUCUAACAACCUUCCUCCCCCCCAAAAAACCUAUAAAAGACCUGAUUCUGACACACAUAACAGCACCUACCACCCUAUAACAGUUUCGUUGUAGCCAGUUUGGUUCCACUUCUUACACAAAGAUAUUGGUCUCAACAGACAGUAUUAAACUCAUGGGUCCACUUAGUUGAGUAUCCUGUUUCCAACAGCAGUGAGGAUCCACAGGAAGGCCCAAUAAACCCUAUGUAGGCAGAUAAGGGAUAAUCUGCCUCCAGGAAGGUCAUCUCCUAACCUAUAUCCUGAAGCAUGAGGUUUUAAAUCACUUUCAAUACUCUUUUAGCAUUAACUCUUGUAACUCUAGAGAGCCUUGUAACCCAUAUAAGCAUCUAGUCUCUCCUCCUAACUCUCUGUGCACCCCAGAAUGCACUUCCCUACAUGCUACCAAUGCCCCACUUCGUGCAUGUACUGAGGGGACUCUGUUCCCUAUGGCUACAGCUACACAGGGGCUGUGUCUAGACUGGCCAGUUUUUCUGGAAAAUCAGCUGCUUUUCCAGAAAAACUU